GGACAGCGAAUGAGCAGCACUGCUAUGUCUGAUCUAUAUGUUAAGAUUUGUUCACUACCGGCAAAUAUCCAACCAUGAGUGGCUCUGAGGAUGACUAGACGAUGACAAACCCAAACUAGUGCACUUGUAUCUAACGCAGUUGUAUGUAUUUCAUUCUCUGGUAGGAGCCUGUGCCAUUUUUAAGAAUGAAUGCGAGGACGGUAGAUCUGGCUGUGUGGAUUCCAUCUCUGUGCUGACGGAGGGAAAGAAUGGAAAUCCACUGUUUGUCUGUGGAAAGGAGGAUAAAAAGUGCUGUAAAGUGGACUCAGAGCACAAUCCAGUGGAUUGCUUUGAAAUGCAGGGAAAUACAGGGGAUGUAAAUGAAACCGCUCUGUACACUGGAGACACGCUUUAUUUCACCAUCUCUGGACAGAAUAAUGCUGCUGCCACUUUGGGACUCUACAGACAGAAGGCAAAAUACGACUACACAUGGCCACAGACGAGAGAAAUAGCGCAGAGGUACAUUAAACUCAUUGCAAACGAAGGCAGUGCUGCAGAGGAUGGAAAACUGUACAGCUUCUACACAGAGAAGAAUCUCAGUGAGGACCCGGAGACGCCCUUAUGGAUUCCCCGAGUUUCUCAGUACUGCAUGUCAGAUACAGGGGGCAGAAAAAACCAACUGCAGUACCGCUGGACGUCCAUGCUGACCGCACGCCUGUUCUGUGGAGACAAGAAGAGGAGAGUGACUUUCACUGAACUGCUGGAUGUUGCUGUAUUGGAGGCAGAGAACUGGGACAACACCAUGAUUUAUGCGCUCUUCAAGAACCACUAUAACAUCAGCGCCGUGUGUGUUUACAAAAUGUCCACAAUCACUCGGAUCUUCAAAAGCUCCAUAUUCAGAUCCCCAGUGGAAGCUCCUCCUCCGGCUGCUGGAGAGUGUGUUACAGACAAAAGCUCAGUCUUUCUGAAGUUUAUGGAAAAGCGUCCGGAGAUGGCAGAAUGGAUCGAGCCUGAGCGAGGUCCCCUGCUGAUCAGCCAAUCCCAGUACACGCACCUGCAGGUGGACAGGGUGACCAGUAGGAAUAACGUUCAACACAGCGUCCUCUUAUUGACCCUAGGGAAUGGCAGGAUCCAUAAAGUGGUGGAGCGGGAUGAUGGUCCCUUCAUCAUCGCCGAAUACCAGCCGUUUGAAAGUGAGACACGCAUCCACAGCAUGCUGCUGGACAGAUCCACAAAAAAGCUGUAUGUGAGCUCCAGCAGUGAGCUGGUCCAAAUCGACCUGCAGGACUGCAGCGUAUAUGGGAAACAGUGUGACUGUGUGUUGGCUAGAGACCCUUACUGCGGCUGGAGCGGGACUGAAUGUUCGCCUGCUACUGAAUACUCAGUUCAAGACGUAACAAAUGGAGAUUACGCUGUUUGUGAAGCAGCCAGGGAUCUUGGGACCAGUGUGACGUCAGAAUCACCCCUGAUCGUCCCUCCAAACUCCAAAUACUACCUUGAAUGCCCCACUUCCUCUCUGCAUGCCUCAUACACUUGGAAACAUAACGGCAAGACAAUAGAUUGUGUCUCCACUGAAGAGGAAUGUCUUCUACUAAUAGAAAACAUGAGUGAAGAGGACCUGGGUCAGUAUGAGUGCAUAGCCUCAGAGAACGGUCAAGAAAGGACAGUCGCAUCUUACCGCUUGGGGAACAGCGCCUCGCAGCUGAGAGUGACUCCUGUAACGUUAGCUUGCCUUCUGCUUCUGAUUUCUCUGAUCUGCUUCCAGUCUUUAAGCUGAGAGCUGUGGGAAAGCAGCGGAAUGAGGAAUGAGCAAAAACUUCACUUAUGUCUAGCCUUUCUGUACUUUCUCUUACAUUGUGAUUGGUUUCAGGAUUUUUUUUUUUUUAAUAAAAAAAGAUAUUCAAUUGUUUAAUGUCUCAUAAAUAUUGUUUUUUAGGUUGAACUAACAAACAAGUUUUACAGUGUACAAAUAUGUUAUAUAAAUUAUAAAGUAUAACAUAAUUCAACU